AUGGGUGGCAACGUUCAGCUGAUCGCCUCCGCUGAGGAGUACAAGACCAAGGUCACCGAGUCCAAGGAGCCCGUUGUUGUUGACUUCUUCGCCGACUGGUGCGGUCCUUGCAAGGCUAUUGCCCCCGCCAUUGAGAAGUUCAGCGAGACCCACGGCAACGUCAAGUUCUACAAGGUCGACGUCGAGGGCCUCCCCGAGGUCGCCGCUGAGAACGGCAUCUCCGCUAUGCCUACCUUCCUCUUCUUCCAGAACGGCGAGCUGAAAGAGACCGUCCGUGGUGCCAACCCUCCUGCUAUUAGUGCUGCUGUCGCCAAGGUCGCUGCCCAGUAA